AUGGCUCCAUCAGCAAUGCCUGCGACAUGUGUUUCCACAGUCGCUCCUCCGUAUGGGAAAUCGAAAUCUGACAUAGACAGUUCUGAUAGUUUCAGACUAUAUUCAUCGGGUGGUACUAUCGAACCCGAAGCAAUUGGGAGUCUUCGUCCGACAUAUCUAGAUACGCCUCUCGAAGAGAUUCGAAAGCGGUACGAUGAAGACGGCUAUGUCUGGCUGAAAGGUCUUCUUCCUGCCGAUGAUGUCUGGGAGGCCCGUAAAAACUACUUUGAGUAUCUUGGUCCCACUGGAUUGAUCAAAGAGGGUUCAGAUGCUAAGGAGGGUAUUUAUUGUGGAGGAGACUGGCAUAUUUGGAUGGCACCUGGGAAGCUACGUGAAAUGCUCAAUCUUGCUGAUCAAAAUCUCGAGUAUGAGAGAAGAGUUGUCGAUGCUCAUUCUGCCUCCUGGUACUCUGCCUUUGCCAAUCAUCCAGUCUUAAAAGAAUACGUGAAGAAGUUCACUGGCUGGAAAGAUACAACCCUCCUAGAGCGUUCUAUAUUCAGACCCAACAUUCCCGGAGGAGAAACCACCCAGGUUCAUUACGACCAAAUUUUCCUCCGCGCUGGUCCAGCUACCGCCCUCACGGCCUGGGUUCCUCUCGGUGACUGCGAAAUUAACGGAGGCGGCUUGCUGUAUCUCGAGAAUUCCGUCUCACUCGGCCAAGAACUCGAAAGAGGCUUUUCUGAUGCAGCAAAAGACUUCACCGAGGAAGAACGCCUUUCGGCUUUCAACAGAAACAUGAUGGAUGGAGGCUUCCUAGAAAAGGAUUCGGGGAAGUUCUCUUCGGUGUGGGGCAGGAAAUGGCUGGCUGCAAAUUAUGAAGCUGGUGAUGUGGUUUUGCACAAUCCAUAUAAUAUCCACUGCAGUGCAAUUAACGAGACGAAUAUAAUUCGGCUCGCCACAGAUUUGAGAUUCGUCGAAUCGGGAAAGCCUUUUGAUCAGCGGUGGAUGAAGACUUGGAGUCCUGAUGAUGGACUCUAA